AUGCCAAUGGCACCAUUAGGGAGGCUUACUGGGAGCAAACGUAACUACCUACCUAGGCAAAAACAAAUCCGUAUCGAAGCUGCGGCCCGACAGAACAGGCGGACCGCCCGAGACUACAACGAUGAAUCCUACUUUUUGCCAACCGACGCGGACGAACAGGACCGCCUCAACCGGCAGCACGAGAUGUGCCUUCUCGUGCUGGAUGGCAGACUCGGCCACGCACCCGUGACCCAGCCAAAGCACGUCCUGAACGUUGCCACCGGCACCGGCAUAUGGGCUUAUGAAUACGCAAGCGCCCAUCCCGACACAAACGUCCUGGGGACGGACCUGUAUCCCAUCCAGGCGUCCCACAGCCUCCCCAACUUGGCUUUCAUGCAGCACGACACAAGUGGCGAAUGGGCGUUUCCCCACCCCUUUGACUACAUCCACCUCCGCUACAUCGUGUGCUGCUUCGACUCCAAGCCCUCGGUGAUUCGCAAGGCCUACGACAACCUCACCCCGGGCGGCUGGAUCGAGAUAUUCGACCCGUGCAUAGAUCACCUGGCCGUUGACGAAUCCUUCGAGGACAGCGCCGCGCGCCGGUGGUCCAGGGCCGUCCGGGACGGCGGCCUCAAGUUGGGCAGGCCCUUGAACAGCAACAAGCUGUACGCUGAAUGGUGCAACGAGGCAGGGUUCGUAAACGUCACGGAGGACCGGUACGCGCUGCCGAGUAACGCCUGGCCGCGGGAUGGCAAGUUGAAGGAAGUCGGGGCGUUGAACAGCGAGGUGCUAUAUGCCCUGGUCGAUAGCCUGGGAAGGUUUCUGCGGGCAGAGGUUGGGGAGGACGAGGCACAGGCGUUGGAGGAGGGCGCCAGGAGGGACAUCUUGGAUGGCGUGCGCUUCUGCACCGACGUGUGA